AUGCGUUUCACUCACCCCCGGCACCCAGUCGCAACUCUUCGACCUCGUUUAUUGGGCAAAAGUCCUGGCGCCAGGACUUUGCCGGCUCGUCUUGCAUCAAAUUCUGCAGCGGAGAUCCCCUCUGAACCAAAUACUCGCUAUCUAAAACCGACUUACGAUUUCUCCUCCCCUCCGUCCAUCAGAACCGCCAGUACUCUGGCACUCGGAGAGCAGUACCUCCUCCCUAUCUACGCUCGCCCACCAGUGGUACUGUCGCAUGGUCGCGGAUGCUGGGUAUGGGACACCGAGGGACGAAAGUAUUUAGAUUUCAGUGCAGGUAUUGCUGUCAAUGCACUGGGCCAUUCUGACCCAGGUGUGGCUGAGGUCCUGCACACGCAAGCUUCUACCCUCCUUCAUUCGUCCAACGUCUACCACAACGAAUGGACUCCAAAGCUAGCAGAGUUGCUUGUCACUCUUACCGCGUCAGAAGGCGGCCUCGGUUUUCCUACUGGUUCCACACCUACUGAAGUCAGGGUCUUCUUUGCCAAUUCUGGAACGGAGGCAAACGAAGGCGCCUUGAAAAUAGCUCGUAAAGUUGGAAAAGAUCGGUGGGCGGCAGUCACCGGUAAAAAGCCUGACGACCAAGCAUGCUCCAAGACGAAAAUCGUGUGCUUUGAAAAUGCGUUCCAUGGCCGUAGCAUGGGUGCACUCAGUGUCACCUCGACAGAGAAAUAUCAGGCACCGUUCAGACCACUGAUUCCUGGUGUCGACGUUGGGAAAGUCAACGACAUCCAAUGCCUCCAGAGAUUGAUUACCGAUGAAACCUGUGCAGUCAUAGCUGAACCCGUACAGGGCGAAGGUGGAGUCACUGCCGCAGACGAACAGUGGCUAAGGGCGCUGCGGGAGCGCUGCAAUGAGACGGGAGCUGUCUUGAUUUAUGAUGAAAUACAGUGCGGACUUUUCAGAACCGGGACAAUGUGGGCGCAUUCUGCUCUCCCAGUAGACUGCCACCCAGAUAUCAUCACUAUGGCAAAGCCACUGGCAAAUGGAUACCCCAUUGGUGCAGUUCUGCUGCGCGAUACUAUCGCGUCUACGAUGACAGCUGGUACCCACGGAACCACUUUCGGAGGAUCCCCGUUAGCUUGUGCAGUGGGUCACCACGUGCUUAGUCGGCUCAGUGCACCGUCAUUCGUUACUCACGUUCGCGACGUAAGCGAAUACUUGAACACACGGCUGGAGCUAUUGCCGAAGUGGUUCCCUGAUAUUCUUCAAACGGAUGUUCGAGGCCACGGGCUUAUCCGUGGCUUGGGUUUAAGAAAUGAGACACAUCCUGGGAAAAUCGUGGAACUGGCGCGGGAACGAGGUGUCCUCCUCUUAACAGCUGGGAAAGACGCAGUUCGACUUGUGCCUUCUCUUACGGUUAGCAAGGAGGAAGUUGAACUUGCUGUGAAUGUACUAGAGGGAUCCCUGGCAGCUCUCCAGAACUAG